CGUCUCGGUCCAUUGAGAAGCCCAUAGGAGCUCUGUGUUCUUCACAGGCGGAGCAGAGCAGCGCUUCAGGUCAGUCAUGCUGGACUCGGACCGGAGACCAGACUUCAUCCAGUAAAGCUGCCUAUCUAUGGGCUCAGAGCGGGAGAGUAUGCUGCACCUCGCAGCUCAGGCUUUCCGGGCGAAAAACUUCGACCUGGCGGCGGAAAUUUACGAGUGUCAGCUGGCGUGUCUCGGAGAAGCGGAGAGCCGGCUGGAGCUGAUGGUGAAGCGGGCGGACGCGCUCGCUUUCGGGGAUAAAAUCUCUGACGCGUUCGAGGUCUACCGACAAGCCUCGGAGAUUGAAAAACUCCGACCGGCUCACCUGGCUAACCUGAUGGACUACCUCAUCCGCAACAUCCGGACACAAGACCGCCGGACCGCCGAGCAGGAGGCGGCCCGGGCUGUAGGCGAGUCCGGGCGCGGGCUCAUCUCCUGCGGGAUGUGCCUUGGCUUCCUGUUCGAGCCCGUCACGCUGCCGUGCGGACACUGCUUUUGCAGAAAAUGCCUGGAGCGGGAGAAGAAGGAGAAGGAGCGGCCGGUGGUGUGUAAGGAGUGCAAGGCCAGCUCCAGGGUGGCGGACGUCCAGAGCUACCGGGUCAACGUGGUCCUCUGCAACCUGCUCAGCAAGUGGUUCCCGGAGCUGCAGCGGGCCGGCCGGCUGAGGCGGGAGGGGAACGGGCUGUACGCCGAGCGGAGGAUGGAAGCGGCGCUGGACAAGUACAACCAAGCCGUACUGCUCGCGCCCACAGACCACAUACUCUUCAGCAACCGAUCGCAGAUCCACUCCAGUCUGAAAAACUUUGAAAAAGCCCUGAGAGACGCUGAGACGGCCUGCAGGCUGAGGCCCCACUGGUCCAGGGGUCAUGUUCGUAAGGCUCAGGCCUUAGUGUCUCUGGGCAGGACAGAUGAGGCUCUGAGAGAAUACCUGGUCAGUUUGUCCAUCGAGCCGGACUGCAAACUGGCCAAGACCGAAGCUCUUAAGCUCCUGAGUAAUUUCCUGUCUCCAGUCACGGAUCAGGUCUCUGAGCGCAUCUCGGAUUAUUCCAACUCGCUGUCUUGCAGAGCGCACAUCAAAAGCUGCAUCACCACUCCCUUCCAGACCGGCAUUCCUGCCGCGCUGUCUUCAGAAUCCAGUUUUUCCUGCGGCCUCCCGGGUCUGGAAGGUUCAGAGGAGGUUGUCCGGCAGCCUCAGACCUGGAGGGUGGACCGCUGCCGCCUCCUGAAACGGAAACGAAGAGGCUCAGAAGAGGCGGAAGAACGGCAGGAGGAAGCCGACGACCAGAAGAAAUCCAAGCCUGAGCCAGCAGAGGGGUCUAUUUCUUUAUCAGUGGACGUCCUGGACCCCACAGAUCUGGAAUGUUCUCUGUGUAUGAGACUGUUCUACGAGCCGGUGACGACGCCGUGCGGUCACACUUUCUGUCUUCAGUGUCUGGAGAGAUGUCUCGACCACAACCCAAAGUGUCCACUCUGCAAGGAGGAGCUGAGCGAGUACUUGGUCCAGAGGCAGUACUGUAAGACGGUGUUAAUGGAGAACUUGAUAUCCAAGUAUCUUCCGUCCGCGUUCAUAGAAAGGCAGAAAAUCCACCUGGAGGAGAUGGCUGAGCUCUCCAAUCUUAACAAGAAUGUGCCUAUCUUUGUGUGCACCAUGGCCUUCCCGACUGUUCCGUGCCCUCUUCAUAUCUUCGAACCCUGCUACCGACUGAUGAUCCGACGGUGUAUGGAGACGGGAACGAACUGUUUCGGCAUGUGUCUAGGAGACGACCUCAAAGGGUUUGCCGACUACGGUUGUCUGUUGGAGAUUCGAGACGUCAAGUUUUUCUCGGAUGGCCGUUCGGUGGUUGACACAAUUGGCAGGCGGAGGUUUAAAGUCAUUCAGCACAGCGAGAGGGAUGGAUACAACACGGCUGAUAUCGAAUACCUGGAGGAUGUGAAGGUUGAGGGCGUAGAAAAGCGUGAACUACAGUCGCUCAAUGAUGUGGUGUAUGAGCUGGCCCUGGUUUGGGUUAACUCUCUAAAAGUGGAACAGAAGGAACGAAUCGAAGGACAUUUUGGACCCAUGCCUGAGAAAGACUCUGAACUUCAGGCAAAUCCCAACGGUCCCUCGUGGUGUUGGUGGUUGUUGGCUGUUCUGCCUUUGGAGGGUCGGGCCCAGCUGCCCUUUCUUGCCCUCACUUCUCUGAAAGAUCGUCUCAGCGGCAUCCGCAAAGUCCUGCUCUUUAUGGCGCAGAACAAGCACCGGUGAAAGCGCCACGCUCAUCCUUCACAAAGCAGCAACCGCCCCGUUCUUCCCUUUGAUGCACAGAGACUUUUUCUCCUCGUAGUGGUAGCAUGGACUUUGUCUACAUAUCAGCUGCCAACCUGAAACAGCAAUAAUAGAAAUAUUUUAGCUCUGGGAGACUUUCUGUGCACCGUUUUCUCUUCAUGACGCACAAAGCUGGAGGCUUAUCUCAUUUUUUCUGCCAUCAUCAUUCACAGAUUUGUCUAAGAAUAGAAUAAGUCAUUUUCUGAGGCGAUGCUUUCACUGAGUUUCAUCUGUUCAGCAUCUGUUCCUAUUUGGCCCUACAGUUUAGAAAUGGAAAAAAAAAAUUCAAAACAAUAAAAGAUUAUAUUUUCCUUUAAUCAAAUAAUAAAUACUUGAAUUAUAAGUCAGGGCUCAAUAUUAAGGUAAAAUGAGACAGAUUUGUGACCAUCAAUGACAAUUAUUGGAAUCUUUUGUUGUAUUUAUGAUAAAAUAAACCAUUAAAUUGAAAUAAAUGCUAACUCCAGAUUGCAUGGACACCUUUCCUGUCUGGGAAUAAUCAGACUUCUGUCUUCCGCCUUCCUAGCUUCCUUCCAUUUCUUUCAUCCCAAAGAUCAGACUGGAGCGUUACACGUUGCUGUGCUUUAAUUUUAAUCAUGCUUUUGUGUGUGCGUGUGUGUGUUUUAUUUAUUUUUGAAUUAAUGCAUGCAGUGACAUUGUUUACAUUUCACAAAGAAAAGCUGCUCACUUUCCAAAGGUUUUACCCUUCCCCUUUUUUUUUGCAGACAUCUGAGUUAUCAGUUCAGUGUGAAGCUGAUACAGCAGCUGCUGGUGGUUUCAGAAAUAAAACUUUUGCUUUUUUUUUUAUUUUGUUUUUUUUGUUGUUCAGGGCAGGUAUCUUUCCAGGGUUUUAAAUGAGUGCUGCAUUUUUAAUGUUGUUUUGUUUGUAUUUCUGGGCCCCUCAUGUAGUUAAAUCACCCUCAGCAGUCUUUCUGGGAAAAAAGGAACUAGUGGAAUCAUUCACAUGAAUUUAGGGAUUUUUUUAAAUUGCUAUUUAUUGCAUAUUUAUUCUAACUUUUUUUGCACUUCCACCUUAAAGCUCUGGUCCGGCUGUGGUCAGAGGACUUAAAGGAGGUUUUGAUCACGAUGGUAAAUCCGUGUGAUAAUGUAGCAGACAUGCAGAUGAUCUCCAUUCAUGUGAGUGUGAGAAAAAGGCCAGUGCCUUCUGUACACAAGGCAUUCAACAGCCCCCCCCCCCCCCUUUUUUUUUGUUUUAAAUAGGAAGCAGUUUAUUCGGAAUAUAGUUGAAUUCAGAUGAGUCUAUUUGCUAUAAAAGCAUAUAAAUGACAUAAAAACCUUGAGGCCUUGCUGAUGUCUGUCACAUGAUUGUGUUGUUGCAAAAAGCUAAAAAUGCAAAAGUCCCGCUUUGCGUUUACUGUGGAUUCUUUUUUAUUUGUCUCUUUUGUAAGGGUUUUCAUGUUUAUGAUUCACUGCACAUGUCUUGACUAUUCGCUAUUGUUAUUGUAAAAGGGCCAAAACCAUACAAUGCUGGAAAAUUAGUCAUAUGAAAAUGUGGAUUUUUUUUUUCACCUUAACCAGAUGCUUGGAAUGUGUCACAAUACAAAACCGUGUAUUAUAACAACAAAUUUGUCACUUGUGUUCAGUUUGUGUCUAGAUAGGCAUUAUUUAUAAUCAGUGUUAUUCUUAUUCCCUUCUAAAUUUCUUUAUUAUUACCUAUGAAGACUAAAACAAAUGUGAAAAUAGUUAGCCUAUAAAUUCCAGGGAGUAGCCAUCAUUUAAGCACCAUUAUAGGUCCAGUGAGAUGUGGAAGUUAUGGGAAAAUGUCAUCUCAUUUGAAAUAUUCUGCUGCCCUGUUAUAGAAAUGAGUGAACUGGUGAGAGGAAAUAAUGAAAUGUUUAAUAAAAAUACUAGCUGGAA